CGGACACCCAGACCCUCGGAUAUCCUGCAGGGGCUGCUGGGCAACUGCUGGUCCCUGAGCGCCCUGGCCGUGCUGGCCGAGCGGCCGGAGCUGGUGGAGAGGGUGAUGAUCACGAGGACGCUGUGCCCCGAGGGUGCCUACCAGGUGCGGCUGUGCAAGGACGGCACGUGGACCACGGUGCUGGUGGAUGACAUGCUGCCGUGCGACGAGUGCGGAUACCUCCUCUUCUCGCAGGCCCAGAGGAAGCAGUUGUGGGUCGCCCUCAUUGAGAAGGCGCUGGCCAAGCUCCAUGGUUCGUACUUUGCCCUCCAGGCAGGGCGUGCUAUUGAAGGCCUGGCUACACUAACGGGUGCCCCCUGCGAGAGCCUGAUGCUGCAGGUCAGCUCCACUAACCCUCGCGAGGAGCCCAUUGACACUGACCUCAUCUGGGCCAAAAUGCUGAGUUCUAAGGAGGCUGGGUUCCUCAUGGGCGCGUCCUGCGGCGGAGGCAACAUGAAGGUGGACGAUGUGGCCUAUGAGAGUAUGGGUCUGCGUCCGCGGCACGCGUACUCCAUCCUGGACGUGCGGGAUGUCCAAGGCUUCAGGUUGCUGCGGCUCCGAAACCCCUGGGGCCGCUUCUCCUGGAAUGGCAGCUGGUCUGAUGAGUGGCCACACUGGCCGGCUCCCUUGCGGCACGACCUCAUGCCCCAUGGCAGCAGCGAGGGCGUCUUCUGGAUGGAGUACAGCGAUUUCAUUAAGUAUUUUGACUCCGUGGAUAUCUGCAAGCUCCAUUCGGACUGGCACGAGGUGCGCGUGCAGGGCAUGUUCCCCAACAAGGCCAACGGGCCGGUGACGGUGACGUCGCUGACGGUGUUGGAGCGUGCCGCCCUGGAGUUUGCCCUCUUCCAGGAGGGCAGCAGGCGGUCGGACACGGUGGACAGCCACUUGCUGGAUCUGUGCAUCAUGGUUUUCCGGGCCACCUUCACCAGCGGCAACAAGCUGAGCCUGGGCCGGCUGAUGGCUCACAGCAAAAGAGCCGUCAAGAAGUUCGUCAACUGCGACGUCAUGCUGGAGCCGGGCGAGUACGCCGUCGUGUGCUGUGCCUUCAACCACUGGA